ACGUGUUCAAAAAACUAUGGACUUCUAAAUUUUAGUGAUUAAAUUAAUCUUUUGGACUAAUCUCAAAUUAUUAGCCUAGUCAAUUAAAUCAUUAAGUGAUCAUUGUUUGUGUAAGUUUAAUUUAGAUCUGUUGAAAAUAAUGUAAAAUGGAAGUCCAAUACAUUCCUGAGGAAGAAAAACUGUUCCUAGCGUCCUUGUUUGGUGGAGGAACGGCCGGUCUCUUUGUGGACAUGGCGCUAUAUCCUUUGGACACACUAAAGACGCGACUGCAAUCGCCACAAGGUUUCAAAAAGUCUGGAGGUUUUAAGGGCAUUUACAAAGGAGUUGGACCCCAAGCAAUAGGCAGUUCGCCUCAAGCGGCUUGUUUUUUUUUAACGUACGAAGCUUUAAAGUACUACAUCGAACCGCACAUUAGUAAAUCUUUAGCCCCAUGUUUGUACAUGGCAAGUGCCGGAGUGGCGGAAAUCGUGGCCUGUUUAGUGCGCGUGCCGGUGGAAAUAGUAAAACAGAGGCGUCAAACUUCUCAUCAACCAUCUCAUAAGAUAUUCCGGGCCGCACUCAACGAGGGCAUUCGAGAUUUUAACAAACAGCGAAAAAAUGGAAGAUCCAUUUUAUCGCUUCUUUUAGAUGGCCAGCAUCAUUUCUCGGGGUUGUAUAGAGGUUUUGGAACGACAGUUUUGAGGGACAUGCCGUUUUCUGUGAUACAAUUUCCUAUAUUGGAGUAUAUUUGUCAAGAAUAUAGGAGUAGGUUUAAAAAUGGAAUACCUCUAGAAAGUUGGGAAUAUGCUACAGCAGGAUCAAUUGCUGGAGGAAGUUCAGCAGCUUUGACAACACCUUUGGAUGUAGUAAAAACGCGAAUUAUGUUAGCCGAUAAAAAGACUAUACCAGCUAAAGAUUUAGGAGCUUGGAACAUGAUGAAAAGAAUUUAUAAUGCAGAAGGUAUCAAGGGAUUAUACUCAGGUUUUGUUCCCAGGGUUAUUUGGAUCACUGUUGGAGGAUAUAUUUUCUUUGGCAGCUAUGACUUUUCAAAACAUUUCUUUGCUAACCAUGUGUUAUACUAGUACAAAUUUGUUGUCAUGCCAAAGUUUUAGCCAAUUACCUUGUUUUGUUUUGUGAUAAUAGUGUCUUAUUAUUAAGAUGAAUAAAAAGACAGUUUAGAGAAAUCUUAUAUAAUAAGAAUAUUCAAAAUAUGUAGUACAAUAGAUAUAAAAUAAAGCUCUUAAAUAUGAAAAA